GGCACCGAGGUCAUUAGGGAGGCGCGCGGCUGCGACAUGCCAGAGCGCCGGGGAAGAGCUCCAGGACGUCUCCUUCACGUCGCGGGAUACACACUCUGCUCUCCGGGUCGGACACCAUGUCUGUCCAGUCGCUGCUCUGCGUGAUGCUGUUGGUGACGGUGCUCGAGUGCGCCGCCCAGAAAAAAGCCAGAAAGCCCCCGCAGACCCUGUCCAGAGGAUGGGGAGACGAAAUUACGUGGGUCCAGACCUACGAAGAAGGCCUCACUAAGAUGAAGCAAAGCCAGAAGCCGCUGAUGGUGAUCCAUCACAAGGAAGACUGUCCAUACAGUCAAGCUCUGAAGAAGGCCUUCGCUGCGGACAAAGCUGUUCAGAAGAUGGCCCAGGAGGACUUUGUCAUGCUCAAUGUCGUGCACGAAACGUGGGACAAGCACCUGGCCUCCGACGGAACCUACGUGCCCAGGAUCGUCUUCGUCGAUCCGUCCAUGAAGGUGCGCGUCGACAUCGUCGGCAAGUACGGCAACCGCUUGUACGCCUACCAGGCGGACAACGUGGACACGCUGUUGAAUAACAUGAAAAAAGCCAAGGUCCUCUUGCACAACGAGCUCUGACCUUUGACCUCGUCGCCGUCGCCGCCGCCGCCACCCGGGAGGCGAGAACCCUGCUUCCGCCGGCUGCCGAGGCACUGAGGGGAAGAGCCCGCGUGGGUUCGCCCACAGAGCCGUUCCCGCCGUCACCGCGAGAGCAAUAAAAGGGCGCAGAGCAGCGCUUUUCCCACUCGU